CAUGCUGAUUUCCAUCCAAAUGAUGACGACGACUCUGGCUCCGAAAAUGUGGUGGAAGGAGUUCCAAUUUUAAAUCAGGAGAGCUUGUCUAGUGCUGUUUCCAACACUAGCUCAGCUGCUCAGCAUAACACUGAGAAAGAAGUCUUGGAUAAGAGAAUCAGCAGAACCUUUUGAUUUCUCUGCAUACCUGGGUCACUCUGUUCAAUAGCAACAUGGAGAAUUAGCUGCUUGUGGAACUUGUCUGAUUUGUCUUCCAACAGUUCCCCUUGUACUCUCCUGGGAAGCAACUUUAAUUCAAGGAUCGGUUCUGAAUUUUUUUUUCUUUUCGGUUUCAACCAAGUCUGAGUUCAUUCCUCGCAGAUCCUGGAAAAACCCUUACUGAGGAAUUGCAGAGAGAGAUGAAUGCAUGGAAAUGAAAUUAGUAGAAACUGAUAUCAAAUUGAAGUUGGUGCCCAGGAGAAGGUACAAAUGGAACUGCUUGAAAGCCUUCUGGAAAGUUGCAGAAGCAGCUGAAUUUCAAUGGUGGUACUGGAUAGAGCGACCUUGAUUGGUUUGCUGCUUGGAAAUCAGAACAGUGUUCCUAUGGGUUCUCCUAUAAAAAAAAGUUCAUUUAUCGUCUUGUCUGGACAUUUGAUAAAGUUCCUAUGGGUCUUCUGAAAUUUCAGACCGGGGAAGUUGACACUGAAGGGCUGAAUAAAGGCGUUCAACUUGAAGAUUUGAUUGGGAUGAUAAAAAAUGCAGAGAAAAAUAUCCUUCUACUUAACCAAGCCCGGGUACGUGCCCUCGAAGAUCUUGAAAAAAUCCUUUCUGAGAAGGAGGAAUUGCAGAGAGAAAUCAAUGGUUUGGAAAUGAGAUUGGCAGAAACUGAUACUCGAAUUGAAGUGGCUGCCCAAGAGAAGGUGCACGUGGAACAGUUGGAAGACCAAUUCGAAGAGUUGCAGAAGCAGCUAAAUUUCAGUAGUGGUACCGAACAGAGCAUGAAUGGAAAUUUGAACGAUGUUCCUAUUGAUUCUCUUACCAAAGAGCUUCAUUUACUGAAAUCAGAAAAUAUUGACCUAAAGAAUGAUAUACAAACACUCAAGGAAGAGUUGAGCAAUGUUAAGAAUUCUGAUCAACAUCUGGCAUUUUUGGAAGAAGAAAGGUCAGUUUUGGAGUCUUCGCUCAAGGACUUGGAGUCUAAGUUGUCAACCUCUCAGGAAGAUGGUUCAAAAUUGUCUGUCCUGAACGCUGAAUGUAUGGACUUAAGGAAUAGAGUAGAGCACUUGCAAGUUUUGCUAGACAAGGCAACCGAGCAGGCAGAUCAAGCUAUUCGUGUUUUGCAACAAAACCAAGAGCUUCAAGAAAAGGUUGAGAAAUUGGAAGAGUCUCUUGAAGAAGCUAACGCCUUCAAAUUAUCUUCUGAAAAGCUUCAGCAGGACAAUGAAUUAAUGCAACAAAAGAUAGGUUUAUUGGAGGAUCGCCUUCAAAGUUCCGACGAGGAACUACAAUCUUAUAUCAAAUUAUAUCAGGAAUCUGUGAAGGAUUUUCAAGAUACACUCGAUACUAUCAAAGAAGCAAACAAGAAAACAGCUAUAGAUGAGCCUGUAAAUGAUAUGCCUUUGGAGUUUUGGAGCCGUUUAUUGCUAUUGAUAGAUGGUUGGUUACUUGAGGAAAAGAUAUCGGGUGAUGAUGCUAAACUGUUGAAAGAGAUGGCAUGGAAGAGGGAUGCACGAAUUUAUGAUGCUUAUAUGGCUUGCAAGGAAAAAAAUGAACUUGAGGCUGUGGCUUUGUUUCUGAAUUUGACAUCUUCUCCAAAACGUUCGGGACUCUAUGUCAUCCACAUUGCAGCAGAAAUGGCACCAGUCGCUAAGGUUGGUGGUUUGGGAGACGUCAUCACUGGUCUGAGCAAAGCGCUGCAAAGUAGAGGGCAUCUUGUGGAAAUUGUUCUUCCUAAAUAUGAUUGCAUGGAGUACAGUCGUAUUAAAGAUUUGAGGCUUUUGGAUGCGGUACUCGAGUCCUACUUUGAUGGGCGGCUGUUCAAAAACAAAAUAUGGGUUGGAACUGUUGAAGGUCUUCCUGUUUACUUUAUCGAACCUCUUCACCCUGAUAAGUUCUUCUGGAGGGCUCAAUAUUAUGGGGAGCAUGAUGACUUCAGACGUUUUUCAUAUUUCAGCCGUGCUGCACUUGAGUUACUUACUCGGGCUGGCAAGAGACCUGAUAUAAUACAUUGCCACGAUUGGCAAACUGCCUUCAUUGCACCAUUGUAUUGGGAUUUGUAUUACCCGAAGGGAUUGAAUUCUGCAAGAAUAUGUUUUACUUGCCACAACUUUGAGUAUCAGGGAACUGCCCCUGCUUCAGAUUUGGGUUCUUGCGGUCUUGAUGUUGACCAGCUAAACAGACAAGACAGAUUACAGGAUAAUUCUUCUCAUGAAAGGAUCAAUGCUGUAAAGGGAGCAGUUGUGUUCUCUAAUAUAGUCACAACAGUAUCACCUACCUAUGCUCAAGAGGUGCGAAGAGCUGAGGGAGGGCAUGGUCUUCACUCAACGCUUAAUUUUCAUUCGAAAAAGUUCUUUGGCAUUCUCAAUGGAAUUGAUACCGAGGUGUGGAAUCCUGCGACCGAUUCAUUUAUCAAAGUCCAAUAUAAUGCAAAUGAUCUUCAGGGGAAGGCAGAAAACAAAGACGCUUUAAGAAGGCAUCUAGGGCUGUCAUCUAAUGUCAGAAAACCUCUGGUGGGUUGCAUAACGAGAUUGGUACCCCAAAAGGGUAUCCAUCUUAUCAGGUACGCAAUAUACAGAACGUUGGAGCUGGGAGGACAGUUUGUUCUUCUGGGUUCGAGCCCAGUUCCUCAUAUUCAGAGGGAAUUUGAGGAUAUUGCGAAUCAUUUCCAGAGUCAUGAUCAAAUUCGGUUAGUGUUGGCUUAUGACGAGUCUCUUUCUCAUUGGAUUUACGCAGGAUCUGAUAUGUUCAUUAUACCCUCUAUCUUCGAGCCAUGUGGCCUCACUCAGAUGAUUGCAAUGCGAUACGGUUCUAUUCCUAUUGUGCGGAAAACUGGCGGACUAAAUGACAGUGUCUUUGACGUUGACGAUGAAAGAACACCUACUGAGCUUCAAAACGGAUAUACGUUUUUAACUCCAGAUGAACAGGGGAUGAAUAGUGCACUAGAACGUGCCUUUAGCCACUACUUAAACAACCCAAGUAGUUGGAAGCAGCUGGUUCAGAAGGUCAUGGACGUAGAUUUCAGCUGGGAAACUUCAGCGGCACAAUAUGAGGAACUAUAUUCAAAGUCAGUAGCACGAGCAAAAGCAGCCGCCGCAGGUCGAACGUAAGGAAACUAAUACUUCUUUAUGUUCUUUCUUUCUGGGCAAUCUGUUAUCCAUAUUCUGAAGUUGCAUGCGAGAUUGCCUAAGCAAUUAUGGUGAAUCCAAUUCUCAUUGGAAACUGAAGUUUAGACCAAUUUGGUGGCUCAAUCAUAUGCUUUUAUGCUAUAUGCUUCCAUGAAACCUCUGAAUUGGUCAGUUGAUAACAUCAUAGUUGUGGACACUGGACGGGACAUUCAUCCUCCCUUUCUUGCUAUAAGGCCGCGGGAAACCUGCCAUUUUUUCUUCCUAUGUGUAGAUAAUAUUUUGUUAAAUAGUACUAUACUCCGAAACUUUAAUCUGAAUAUUGGAAUAUAAUUUUUGUCCCAUUUUUUUACACUUGUUCAAUUUGACCUGCACGAGCAAUUUUCUCAUUA